AUGGAAGGAUUGAAUAAAUUUUUGGACUUCGCAUUUGCCAAUAAGAGCGUUGAUGGUAAGAUAAUAUGCCCAUGUUUGAAAUGCAAGUUUAACAAAUGGCAAACUCGGGAAGCAACAUACGAGCACUUGAUUUUGAAACCUUUUCCAAAAGGGUAUACAUUUUGGCUUCUCCAUGGAGAGACUAGUUGUGUACAAAAUAUAGUUGAGACACCUACAAUACCACAACAAAAUGAAGAUAGAGUUGUUGUUGAUGAUCCCAUAUGUGACAUGGUUAAUGACGCAUUUGGGAAUUUUGUCUAUAACGACAAUGUGGUUAAUGAUGAGGAUAUAUGUCUUGAAUCAAGCCAAAUGAUGUCCGAUGAAAUUAAAGAGUAUUUGGAGUUAAUGCAUGAUGGGCAACAAAGUUUGUAUGAAGGAUGUGAUAAAUAUUCAAAGCUUUCCUUCUUGGUCAAGUUGUAUCACAUCAAGUGUCUAUGUAGAAUGAGUGACAAGGCAAUGUCAAUGAUACUAGAGUUGUUAGCAGAAGCAUUUGAGCAUGCUAAAAUCCCAUGUUCUUUUUAUGAAGCCAAGAAAAUUAUAAAUAAGCUUGGCCUUCAGUACACCAAAAUUGAUGCUUGCCCAAAUGAUUGCAUGUUAUACUUUGGAGAAGACAAAGAUAGAGAAAAUUGUAAGAAAUGCAAAGCUUCUAGAUGGAAGAAAAAAAAGAAGGGCACAAUUAGUGAUGCUACUACUAAUAAGCAAAAAAAGGUUCCUGCCAAAGUUUUAAGAUAUUUUCCUUUGAAGCCACGUUUACAGAGGAUGUUUAUGUCUUCUAAAAUUGCUGAGCACAUGCAAUGGCAUGCAUCAGAAAGUACUUAUGAAGGCAUAUUAAGGCAUCCAAGAGAUUCUGAAGCAUGGAAGAACUUUAACUUAAUGCAUCGUGAAUUUGCUUCAGACCCUCGAAAUGUAAGACUUGGUUUGGCUACUGAUGGGUUCAAUCCAUUUGCACAUAUGAAUGUAAGUCAUAGUAUUUGGCCAGUUGUACUCAUACCUUACAAUCUUCCUCCUUGGAUGUGUAUGAAGUCAAGCUCAUUCAUUCUUUCCAUGAUCAUUCCUGGUAAGAGAGCACCAGGAAAUGAUAUAAAUGUAUAUCUACAACCAUUGAUAGAGGAGUUAAAGGAGUUAUGGAACACUGGCGUUAGCACAUUUGACUCACAUAACAAUGAAGUGUUUAAUAUGCAUGCAGCGUUAUUGUGGACUAUUAGUGACUUUCCUGGUCUUGGAACCUUGUCUGGAUGGAAUACACAUACUGGAUUAGCUUGUCCUAGAUGCAAUUUUGACUCAGAACGGGACGAAAGUUGGCCAAACAUCAACAUAGAGUUGAAAAAUCAUCAGACACUACAAGAAUUUAUGUUUUUAACUGGGGUUAUUUAA